AAAAAUUCGGAGAAAAGGGGCGUGGCUAAUGGUACCUGGGAAUGCCCGUCGUUUCCAAGGCAGCACGCGACUGUGAGGGUUUAAAAGGUGCCGCGCGUGCGCGGAGCGCUAUCCCUGUCUGGCCGUUUUUUUUUCUAGCUCAGCUGCACUUGGAAGAAGAAGCCGCGCGCGCCCCUGAGUGGUAUCCACGAGACAGCAGCUGCUCCCGGGCCAGGACACUCCAGUCUCAGUGCAAUUGCACGAGCCAGGGCGGCUGAUGGAGCCCGACUGUCACCUCCCUCGCAUCUGCUCUACCCUCGUCACAGGACCCUGACUCUAUACCCGGAGCAGCAGCAACUCUCCGGACACUCUUCGUCCUGCCAUUUGCUUUCUACCAGUAAGGGCUUCUCACACUGAGAUGUUGACAGUGGAGAGACCAUAGGCCUGUACCAGCCUCCCAAAGGACAUCUGCUCCCUUUAUAUUGUAGCAGUGUCUGACACAUUCGUCUGAUUCAACGGAGUGGUUUAUUUGCACUCUGCAACUAUAAAAGUCUCUUUUGGCCUACUUGUAUGUUGCUAUCCAUACCCCCAAAGUUAUGUGAACGUUUUUAAGAGGUGGUCUUUGUGUUUCAACAAACUACUUAUCUGUGUAUAUAUUUAUUUGUGCUCUGCUUCUUGCAGUCCCACUGAACUGUUUGUUUUAUGGAUCCACGUGUGGCCUGGAUUCAGCCGGAGCAGAGAGGCCCUGCCAAUGCUCUUUGGAUGCAUGUCUGGGAGACGUCACAGGGGAUAUGGGACUCGCAAUACAGGCAGCCAAUGUCCCCUGGAAUUCCUCCUGGAAGCCUUAGCCCUAAUUUGUUAAAUGGACCUCCUAAUUAUACAUCGCAUAUGUGUCUCAACACCUUGGCAUUGGAUAGAUAUGUGUACCAGAGUAACUCUGUUUCUCGCCCAGGCACACCGGGUUCCUGCUCCUCCUCAUCCUCAGGAGAUCGUGACCAAGAUGCUGUACCAGUAGUUGCUGGCUGUGCUUUACCUCCUGCCUCAGCAUUUCAAUCUUUGGACAAUUCUCAUACUACAAGGUCACAGAAGAACCCCUCUGUGUCUUCAUCAUGUUCAUCGUCUUCUGAUAUUGAUGCAGAUGCUGUAAGAUGUCCCUCUCCUGCUGGUACUAGUAUAGGAAUGCUUCAGGGCUGUAUUUUUCCGAACUCUUUAAUCUCUGAGGUAGUGCAGAGCAAUAGUUUUGAGAAUGGGCUCAACAAUAACUUAUGUGAUCAGCAUACAACCUCGAGACACGUUCAUAAACGAUCAUCUUCCCCGCUUACAGGCCAUACCUCCCGCCGUGGUGACUUGCAUCACAACAUCUUUAACCAAUUUUCCAGUAGUUGUGACAGAUUUCAUCAGUACCACCCUGGGCGCAGGAAAAGAGAGAAUAAAGCAAGCACAUACGGUAUAAACUACUUGGUUAAUGAAGGAGCAACCUGGGUGGAUUGUGGGAAUCAUGUGCAGUAUGCAUCUGGCACCCCAUGGAAAACUAGAGAAUACUAUCCAGGCAUAAAGGGUCUGCAUGAAGAAAUCCUGGAUUUCUAUGACUUCAUUUCUCCAAGACCUGAAGAAGCUGCAAUGAGAAGAGAGGUGGUGAAUAGAAUUGAAACUGUUAUAAAGGAUCUGUGGCCCUCAGCUGAUGUUCAAAUUUUUGGAAGCUUCAGUACAGGCCUUUAUCUACCAACAAGUGACAUAGAUCUUGUUGUCUUUGGAAAGUGGGAGCGUCCUCCUCUACAGCUGUUGGAACACGCACUACGCAAACGUAAUGUGGCAGAGCCUCAUUCAAUUAAAGUACUGGACAAAGCAGCGGUACCAAUUAUUAAACUGACAGACUUGGAGACAGAUGUCAAAGUGGACAUCAGUUUUAAUGUUAGAACUGGUGUGAAGGCAGCUCAGUUCAUCAAGGAUUGCAUAAAGGAAUACUCUUUGCUUCCUUACUUGAUUUUAGUAUUGAAACAGUUUCUCCUUCAAAGAGAUCUGAAUGAAGUUUUUACUGGCGGGAUUAGCUCUUACAGUCUCAUUUUAAUGGCAAUAAGCUUCUUACAGUUACACCCUAGAAUUGAUGCUAGAAGAGCCAAUGAGAAUCUUGGUAUGCUUCUAGUGGAAUUUUUUGAACUAUAUGGAAGAAAUUUUAAUUAUUUGAAAACUGGUAUUAGAAUAAGAGAUGGAGGUGCUUACAUUGAAAAGGAAGAAAUUAUGAAGGCCAUGGCAAAUGGCUACAGGCCUUCUAUGCUAUGCAUUGAAGAUCCUUUGUUACCUGAAAACGAUGUUGGACGCAGUUCAUACGGAGCCAUUCAGGUACAGCAGGCGUUUGAUUAUGCUUACCUUGUCCUAAGUCAUUCAGUGUCACCACUUGCAAGAUCCUUUCCUAACAGAGAAUCUGAAAGUACACUUGGCAGAAUAAUCAAAAUUACUCAAGAAGUAUUGGACUAUAGAGCAUGGAUUAGGAUGAAAUGGGGGAGCAAAAUGGUUUCCUCUCCUCACCUUUGUGAUAAUGGGAAGAAAUCUCUUUCUGCAUCGACUGUUGAUAAAAACUCUUACAACCAGCAUCUUGGCUCCUCUCCCCACAGUGCGCAGCAUCUAUCUUCCAAGACAAGUUCUUCCCCUCUCUCGGGCAGUGAUAUUCAACAUCACAGUGGAAUCAAAUACAUGGUUAAAAACCUGUAUAGUUGCAGUUCAAAAAAUGGGCAAGAAAUGGAUAGCACUGGUAAUAUAAAACAACCUGUUGGAAACAGGGGAACCUAUCAGUAUAAUCGGAACAGUUGGAAGAGGAAAAAGCAAACCAGGGACAGCUUACCCAUCAGCAUCAGCAGAUGAUGAAUUACAUUUUCCUGCAACUGGAGUUCUUGUGCAAAGGAAAUAUUCUGAUUGGAUUGCACACUUUGUUUUUUGUUUCUUUUACAGUGGGUUAAUCUGCCUUUUUUAUGGCUGGGUCACCUUUCCAAAGAUGUAUAUGAAUAGACUUGCAUCAAUAUUUUUGUACUUUUUGCAGAAUUCCUUAGCAUUACAGCAUUAAGUGUGUGUCUGUUGUGUUUUUCUUUUAAAUACUGUUUUCAUUCAAAACUUUUUUUUUCCUUUCAAUUUCUCCCCAAUUAAAGUUUGACUUUUUAAUAAGAAAAAGAAGAAAAAUGACUUCACGAAUAUGGAGUUCAUGGCAACCAGCUAUCUUUAUAGCAAUGUAAAUAAGAACGUUGUUUGCGCAAUCCUUUAUUUACUCUAGAACGUUAAUUCACUUUUAUAGUGAACAGUGGGGUAGGCUUUUGUUAUACGUAAUUCCUGCAAAGCAGAGACUUUUUUUUUUUUCUUUCAUACAUGAUGGUAAUUUAAACAAUCACAAUUUGCUCACUGGGUUCUUUUCUGUAAAACUGCAUUUUUAUUCUAUAAUUUUUAACCCAAUCUAAUCAUUUUAAUGUUUCAGAAAGUACACUAUCCACUACAAAUGCAUACUAAAGUAUAGGGAAGAUAACGCCGGUCAACUUUAGUAAUCAUUGAUAUCUUUCAGUGUAGAAUUUAUUUUGAUUUCUUUAUAGAAUCCUUGCAUGUUCUGCUUAGAACUAGUCUAAUGAGCCAACUGUAUGCAUUUCAUGUAAAUUGUAUCUUUAAUUAGGCACUUUUUUUUCGUCUUUAGUUUACUCAUGCAUACAGGAUUUCUAUGCAAGUGUGAGUUGUGUUUUUUUUUUUUUAAUAUACCCCCUUCCGCCUAUACAAUUACUAUUUCUGAGGGGUUUUACUUCCCAUAAAACUUUGAAUGCUCUUAAAGCCACUCGAAAACUGGUGGGCCAGCAUCUAUUUUCAAACUGGUACAUACUGUAGCUGAUACCAAGCUACAAACUUUUCCUGUAGGAAAAUUAGCAUGGUAACAGAUUAGUGGCUUGUCAAGGCAUAAAUAAUGCAGCCAAUACUGUACUGAAAGAAUGAUGCACAUGAGUGUAGUUUGUCAAUCCAAGGACAAAGUAAUGUAACAAGGACCUGCAAAUAGUGACAAAUGUGCUUCAUUUCUAAAAUCUUGUGCAUAGUCUAACAGUAAACAAUGCUGAACAAUUUGCAUACUUGGUUUAUUAUGGAUCAGCAUCACAUUUUCAAAGACAAACUUUUGCUAUCUAUAUGUAUUGCAUAUUUUAAUGUUUUAAGGGAAAGCAUCAUGUUCUAAUUCAAGUAACAAUCUUAUUUUGAUCUGCUCGUUUAAAUAGAACAUGUGUGAAAUUUCUGAGAAAAUUGUGGAGACUGAAAUAAAAGCUAUUUUUUUAUGUAUUUUCUAUUUCAUUUUUAAUAAAACAAACCUAAAAAGCC